CCACAUUUGUUCCGAGAAAAUCAAACAAACCAGAAAAUCGUAACAAAUACCAGAAGAAAAUUUUUAAAUAAAACUAAACAAAAAUAUAUAUAACAAAAAUCAACAGCCAUCAACAUGCAAUCACUCAAGUGCAGUUUAAGUUUAGUUGUAGCAUUGGGCUUAUGUCACAUGUGCAUGGCCAUGCCAGGACGUUAUAUACGUGCCGCCGAUGAUGAAUCUUUACUCACACUACAAUUCGAUGACAACGAAAGAGAUUUGAAUCCCAUCAAUGAGGCUGUAGCUAGUGAUGAGUUAGAACGUAACAAAAGAAAACUUCCCGAUGCCACAUUUGAGGCUAAAAAUGCUGUCUUGGGUUUCGUCUUUGGCAAAAUCGACAAUUUCUUAGAUACUAAGACUAGAGUGAUCGAGCAAUUGGAUCGUGCUAAUGUAGAGAAAAACAAGCAAUAUGACAUUCCAAAACCCGUGCCAAUCAAUGAUUUCCAAUCUCUAAUCACUGCCAUUGUUUCGCCCAAAAUCCGUUCAAUUGGCAAUAUUGCCAAUGACUUGACCACAGGUGUUUUGACUACCAUCACUGCCUUCAGUGGUGGUUCCUCGGGUGGCAAUAGCAAUAAUCCCAAUGCUGGUUUGGGUAAUGUAGUGUCGAAAUUCUUGGGCUUCUCUGGACCCAUUCUACAAGGUUCCUCGGCUGGUGGCAGUACUACAGCUGCUCCCGAUUCUGAUGAGGCUGGCUAUUAGAUGAGUGCUUAUUAAAAGCAUUAUUAAUAAAAAAUUAAUAAAGAAAAAAAAAAAUAAAAACACAGGUGUAUACAGGUGUUAGAUACCUAUAGAAAUCCUUAGAAGCCUACAAAAUUCAUUGUAAAUUUUUUGUUGAAUUUCAUAGUUUUAGUUUAGAAAUUUUUCAUACCCAAAUUCAUUAUUAUUUUAUA